AUGGCUUUGCAACAGGAGCGAUUUGAUCUACCGGGGUUUACGCUCCCUUUGGACUGUGUCAGACAUGAAAGCAACAAUGAUGGUAUUUUUGACAGGGACUGGCUUUUUCCCAACGCACUUGAGGAAGAGGGUGACGCCGACGGCUUUCUGUAUACCUUCCGCGAGAUUCUGAUGAUGAGGGUGAUGAACACCAUCACCGAUAAACCAGACUGGGAACGAAAGGUUUUCAAUGAAGACAUCACCAAUAAGUGGCGAAAGGAGGUGUCCGAAAGUGGGCAAGGUGUUUCCAAAGCCAUGAUGGACUGGAUCGUCAAAGAGCUACAGUGGAAGACUGACGGCCUCAAGAAAGACUGCUUCAUCAGUGUCUUUGACAACGGUGUGGUUAAGUCGGACUGUGCAAUCUCAGAGGACCUCAAACGGCAGCUCAUGGAAGGAGCGGCACCUUUUGAAAAUAUUCCAGAAGACCAAAAGGACUAUCAUCCCGGCUCUGACAAUCAAGUCCUUGAUCUCGUGCACCAAUCACUUUUCCCACUUGUCUACGGUCGCACCCACAUCCUCCGAGACAGAGUCAUCGGCCUGGAUGAUUGUCUGAAUAGCGUUGGCCAGGGAGAAGUGCUUCCGGUACCACCAAGGCCCAAAUUGCCAGUCCGGUAUCAUGCACAAAGCCGCGAGCCGUACCCAAUUAGCUGGAAAUUCCAAUGGCUUCCAUGCGACGUUGAAUUCAACAGGUCGGAGCCCGGAUCUGAGCCCGAAUGUCGCAUUACUUCCUACAUAAACAACGUUCACCCACUUGAGCACAAAGCUCUAUAUCGUGCCAUCGAGAAGAUCCUUGAUCGGACCAUUCCGCUCUGGAACCAGAGUUUGACGCGAUCUUCUCAAUGGGGAGAAAGAAUCGCGGAUGCAGACCAGUUCUACUACGCCGGUGAGCAUGAGGAACCGGAGCCGGUCCAAGGUGAAGAUGAGGACGAAAGGGUCUACUGGGAUCGUCGCGAGGAUUGGGCUGCUGCUCGCUUGUUCGUGCUCCCAGAGCCACAUGCGGAAUUUAGGCCACCGAAUCAACACCCUGUCGAAGAGCGUCUUGAUCUUCGGAAGAAGUUCAAAGAUACCGGACUUCAGGUUAUUGUGAAGCUAGCGAAUAUCGAGCUCACACCCGACAAACCCGAGUACAAUGGAGGGAACUGGCAUGUCGAGGGACAACUUAACGAACGAAUCUGCGCAACAGCCAUCUACUACUACGCCAGCGAGAACAUCACUCAGAGCACUCUCUGUUUUCGCCAUCGCACCGGAAUAGAUCUCACGGACGGGUUUUCCUAUGAACAACACAACCACUAUUUCCUCCAGCAGAUCUUUGGAUUCCCAGGCAGAGGAACAAACUUCGGGGACAAUCCCAAUGGCAUGACGCAGGAGCUUGGAGAGGUCGUGUGUCGUGAGAACAGACUACUCACUUUCCCUAAUGUUCUUCAACACCGUGUAUCUCCAUUUUCCCUGGCCGAUCGAUCAAGGCCUGGCCAUCGCAAGAUUCUGGCGUUAUUCCUUGUUGAUCCGCACGUGAGAAUCAUUUCGUCGGCCAAUAUCCCGCCACAGCAGGAAGAGUGGAGUCAGGGACGACAAGGUCUGAUUGACGGGCUUCUACGUGAGCGAUUGCCAGUCGAGUUGCAGGAAAUUGUGCGCAAGGAUAUGCCAAAGUCGACUAUGUCUUUGGAGGAGGCGAAGAGAUAUAGGUUGGAGCUGAUGGAAGAAAGGAGCGUGAAGAGUGAAGAGCAUAAUCAGGUAUUUACUAGUGGAGAGUUUUUUCUCUGCGAGCACUAG